AUGAAGUCGGUAUUUGCAAGACAAUCAUAUCUAAAAUACGUGGCAAUAGCACUAACUGUUCUCGUGAUAUAUACCUUGACCCAUAACAAUAGCCAGAUUUCAAGCUAUGCAAAUUUAUCCACAACUACGACAACCACUCCGGCAAACCAGGCAUCUCAAAUUCAUCAGAACUCCCCUGGUGGUCAGAAUCAACAGGAACCCAUAAAAGUGCCCGAGGAGAUCAAGAAGGAAACACCGCAAAAGGAUGUCGAAGGAGAGGUUUUGAGUGAAGACCGAGUCGCAAAACCCAAGGAAGAACAACUGAAACAGGGCUUGGCGAUACAGAAGCAAGAGCAAGAUGCUGCUGCUGCUGAAGAUGAAGCCAAGGCACAAGCUCCAGCAUCUAAAGAGAAGGCAAAAGAUUCAGAUGUAGCGAACAGCAAUUCAGCAAUCAAGUUUGAUCUGGAUUCAGACGCAGCUGCUGGUGCUGUAAAGUACCAGCGUAUGAAUGCUACCUUUGUCACAUUAGCCAGAAACAAAGAACUAUUCGAGUUGGUGAAAUCGAUUCGAGAAGUUGAAGAUCGAUUUAAUCGCAAAUACAACUACGACUGGGUCUUUUUAAACGAUGAGGAAUUCACUCAGGAGUUUAAAGACUUGACGUCGGCAAUUGUGUCGGGCAAGACCAAAUAUGGUUUGAUCCCCAAGGAGCACUGGUCGUAUCCUGACCACAUUGACUUGCAAAAAGCCGAAGAAACGAGAAAAAAUAUGAAAUUGGCCAAGAUCAUCUAUGGCGACUCGGAGUCCUAUAGACACAUGUGCCGAUUCGAGUCGGGGUUUUUUUUCAGACAUAAACUAUUGGAGGAUUAUGAAUGGUAUUGGCGAGUCGAGCCCGAUAUCAAAAUCUAUUGCGACUUAGAUUAUGAUUUAUUUAAAUUCAUGGCAGAUAACAACAAAGUCUACGGAUUCACCAUUUCGAUCCACGAGUUUCAAAAGACCAUUCCCACGUUAUGGCAAACCACGAAGGACUUCAUUAAACAAAACCCGCAGUUCUUGGCCGCCAACAACUUUAUGGACUUUAUUUCCGAUGAUGGCGGAGACACCUACAACUUGUGCCAUUUCUGGUCCAAUUUCGAGAUUGCCAAUUUGAACUUUUGGCGGUCGGAAGCUUACACUAAAUAUUUCGAGCAUUUGGACAAGACCGGCGGCUUUUUCUAUGAACGAUGGGGCGAUGCACCCAUACAUUCCAUCGCGGCAUCCUUGUUUUUACCCAAGGACAAGAUCCACUAUUUUGAAGAUGUCGGUUACAGACACCAGGUAUAUGGACAAUGCCCAUUGAAUCCCGAGUUUAGAUACAAGCACAGGUGUCAUUGUAAACCAGCCGAUGACUUUACGUUCAGAGGGUACUCCUGUGGCAAAAAGUAUUUUGAAAAAAUGGGGUUGACUAAACCGAAGGAGUGGGAAGACUAUCAAUAG